UUACAGUUUCCUCCAGUCAGCCGGCUGCGUUCACUGCACAGUGCGCUGGUAAGGAAUUGAAGCGUCGCCGUGAGACCGCUACAACACGUGAAUGAAAUUACGGAGGAGUCGAAAUCAUAUUUUUCACGUCGUUUCGUCUGGUCGAGAAUGAAGGAGAGGAGAAUAGGCGAGCCGCUUGUGGUUCGCUGUAAACUGGUUUUAGUGGGAGAUGUCCAGUGUGGGAAAACGGCUAUGUUGCAAGUCUUGGCAAAGGACUGCUACCCCGAGACAUACAUCCCGACAGUCUUUGAAAACUACACAUCAGGCCUGGAAAUAGAAGAGCAGCAUAUUGAACUAAGUUUGUGGGACACAUCUGGUUCUCCGUAUUAUGAUAAUGUCAGGCCACUCUGCUAUAGUGACUCUGAUGCUGUGCUGCUCUGCUUUGAUGUCGGCCGACCUGACACUGUUGAAAGCUCUCUGAAAAAGUGGAAAACAGAGAUCAUGGAUUUCUGCCCCAGUGCACGCAUCCUCCUAGUUGCCUGUAAAACAGACCUGCGCACUGAUGUGUGCACACUGAUGGAGCUGUCCACGCAAAAAAUGGCCCCAAUUUCUCAUGAACAGGGAUCUUCACUAGCAAAGCAAGUGGGAGCCGAGGCAUAUUUGGAGUGUUCCGCGUUUACGUCCGAGAAAAGCAUUCACAGCGUGUUCCGUUCAGCUGCACUGGCAUGCCUCGCCAAACUUCAGCCACCUGUCAAGCCCAGCCCAGCCCACCGGAAACGCCUCUUGCACCUUCCCAGCAGAAGCGAGCUUCUGAGCUCCUCCGUCAGCAAAGAGAGGACCAAGAGCUGUUCUGUCAUGUGAUCCAGACUUCCUGCAUCCUGAGACAGAUUGACAGAAGGGCAUUUUUGAAAGGAGACAAGAGGUUAUGACCUUUGCUGUCCUCUCCUCUGUCUUACACACUCAAUGUGUUGCCUUUUCAGUUAGUCCAUUCCAUUUCUUCAUCACACAAGCCGAUGAGGGUUAACUGAUUCUCUUUAAUACACAGGUAUAUGUUCAAUAACCUGGUAAAAGGAACUUCUUGCCCUGUUUAAUAAGCCUUUUUUUUUUUUUAUUGAGGGUGAGUAUGUAAUAGCUCGCUGAGCUGUCCAUGCAUUUCAGCUGUAACAAGAAUUCUUCCUGUCCAGGGUUACCAGAAGAAUAAGAAUGGGAUUAAAAUGUUUACCUAAUCAUGUAUGUAAAAGAAAGUUAGAGAGGAAGAUACUUAAGUGAUUUUAUUAGAGGACACAAAAGAAUAAAGGGCAUAACUACGGAAGUUUCAAAGUGCAGCUAUAAAACUGACACUUGAUGGAGUGUCUAUCUUUCACCUACCUGCACAGACAAGUGUCACCUAUCCAUCUUUAAAACUUAGCAGAUGAAUAAAGAAGAUCAAUUGAAAAGAUAUACUGAAAAGUUUGUAACAUAGCGUGAACAACACGUGGCGGGGUCUUGUCAUGAAGAUUUAGUUUGGAUUGUGCUUGACCUUAAAGCAGCCAUAGACCCAGAAGAGCAUGUCAGAGCAGGACAGAAGAUAUUAGUCAGAAGGGAUUAGAUGAGGAGACAGAAUGACAUUUUAACCCCAGACAAGUCUGAUGAGAGAUUAGAAGGUAAUCCUACUGAACGUGCCUGAUUAUCUGGCUUGAUUUCUAAGGCUACCUUCUACCUUUUAACUUUUUAAUGAUCAUGUGACUCUUGAAUUGAUGUCUCGCAAAUUCAAUAUUAAAAAAAAUCCAAUCUAGGAUUGUAGCCAAUAUCUCUAUCUAUAUCUCUUUAGUACUUUAAAUAUUUAUAUUUGGAUUUGGAUUUAAAUUGAUAGUGGGUGAUGGAUUUGUGAGAAACACAUCACUAUGCAGUUGGAAACACUGGAGAACAGCACAGAUAACAGGAGCAAUGUCAUUACUGUGAGCACGGUCUAUAAAAUCUCCUCACUCGAUUCUGCUCACUUCAUCCAUUCUGCUGUUUUUUUUGUUUUUAAGUUGUUUGCAUGAUCAUUAUUCCAACACACACCGGUAACCAGAUGCCCAGUGAACUAAAACAGUCUGUUUGUAACACAUAUUUGGUUUCAUAACUACUCCAGAUUUUACAUUUGAUAAGAAAUUUGGAUUUCCCAGACGUUUGUUUGGGCAUGACCAAAAUAUCAUACAUAUUAUUUGUUAUUUCAAUUUGAACACACCUCUUGGAAACCAGAUCGGUCUAAUUGGGUAAUCUUUACGGAGUAUUAAAUUGCAUUUGAGAAAAGCUCUUUUCUAUAUGGAAUUUAUUUUCCCUGGUAGACCUCAUAAAACAAAAUUGAGUAACAGCAACAGUUUAUCAGUAACAUACUGAAAAACAUACAGUGACAAUACCCUUGGGAAUCCACUUGUAAACCAUAUAUUGAUUUUUAUAUCAGUUUAGCAAGAUGAAUAGCGCCUGACUCAGCAUCUGCCAGCAAUAAGAUCAUAUACUGUCAGGACAGCAUGGGGUGAAUGUACAUACUUGAUGUAUUGUACAAUCAAAAAUUAGUCAGAUAUUAGUUCAUGGUUUUUUUUGGUUAGUUCUUUACUUGUAAACACUUAAACUCUGUUCUUCAGUUUUAUCUGCUGUACAAAUGGACAGGAAGAUGCACACAACGACGCACAGUCCUGGAAUGCCGCAGUGUUGCCUAGCAACUAUCAAGGAUGUACGGCACUGCUCAGUGCUGAUGAGAGGAAGUAGUAAAGCUGGGUUAUUUCAUAAUCUCAUUGAAUACAGGCCCAUACCUGAGGUUAUAGCAAAACUCGUUAAUUACACAUAUUAAUGCUUUUGACACUUUGGGUUGUGAUACACUGAAAAUAAUAUUGGUAUUUAUAUGAGAAAUGUAGCUUAAAAUGUCUUGUGUUUAGUAUUAUUGUUGUUUUUUUUUUAUUCGAAAUUUUUUUAUGUUUUAAAGUUUUUUUUAGUAUCUGUGAAUUCCCUGAACUGGUUUAAUUAAAACUUGCUUUAUUGUGUAAACACAGAUUCAUCAUGUGUUUGUGCAGACUUUAGAAUGAUAUCCAGCACUGCGGUAGAUUAAUAGAUACCCCCUCCUACACAACUGUAAAGCAAUGCAUACCCCAGGGGUCUGCAGUCUGAUGGCUCUAGUGUAGAUGAUGUGUAUAUCUGUGGCACUUUCUCAAUACAACGAUUCCAAACAUCCAAACAGCUCUCUGGGGUGAUGCAGAAUUGCUUCCUGGUUUCCAAUGUAUUGCAUGAAGAUUGCAUACACGCUCACGUAUAGCACUUAAUCUUUACAACCAAGCUUGAGAAAUUUGCAUUAUCAAAUGUUGAAGUUGUUCUUUGGUCAUUUUGGUCUAUGGCAAAACUGUCAUGAAUGAAAACAUAACUAUUAUGAUAUAAUGGGAUCAGACUGUGGUGUUUUUAUGAGCUUAAAUAAUUGCAACACCCUCAAGCAAGACUUUUAACCCUCUCUGCUCCUUGGGUGCCAUAUUAUAAUUAGCCCUGUUCUCUGACCCUGAAAACUGGAAUAUCCGAUGAAAAAUAAUUCCCCUCUAUUUUAUUUGUAACAAUAAAUGCUUUUCACUUUCA